UAUUGAUAAAACUUCUUUGAUAUAUUUUCUGUUCGCAAUGUAUUUCUCGAAAUGGUUCUACGUUAUCGUGAGCCACCUUCUAAUAUUAGCGCAUAUCACAAAUGCAUUAGUAUUAUUAACAGCAAAUGUAGAAGACAUUAAGAAAAUAGCACAAAAAUUCAUAUCAGAAUCACUAGCUGACAAACUAACAGAUCUCAUCGUAAAAGCUACAGCAAAAGCCGAUAUAGACGUAUCAGAAGAAAACAAACAAAACAAUAUCUAUGAUAUAAGUAAAGACAAUUGGCGGAAUAAACACAAGAAAGCACAAGGCAUUAAAAAUAAAUAUAAACCAAUAAAACCAGAGAAAGUAAGAAACUACGAAACAACAAAUUAUGAAACCUUAAUAGAUACAAAUGUCUACAAUAGCAGAGAAAUUAAGAAAACACGUUACAAUCUACAGUCAUCACGAGACACAGCCAAAGAAUAUAUAAACCAGAAUCCUUACAUUGACGAAAGCGUUAAUUUAAAAGCAAGAAGAGAACCUACAAUACUAUCAAAUAAAAACGAUCUAUAUGAACCUAUAAAUAAAGAUGAACAUGAUGAUUAUAUGAAUUCGAUUAACGAAAUACGGAAUAGAGUAUUCACAGCGUCUACUAAGAAAGAAAAGAAUGAAUUUGAUCAAUAUUAUAACUCGAAUUAUCCAAAAGCAGGGAUCAUUGCUACGAGUGGUGGAGUAGCCUUAACUAAAGGUCCUGAGGAAAGUGAUACGUCGUUAGAUAAUAAAGAUUAUAAGUAAGAUGGUGUCAAUGAA